AUGCCAGGAAAGCGUAGCAGGCUAUGGCAAUAUAAGGACAUUAACCAUGUGUUAACAGAAAAUAAGGGAACAAAAGUAGUUCAGGGACUAGGUUCAAACUUUCGUCUACCAAAAGAGGUUCACCUUUUGCGUGGCUCCAAACAUCUUUCUAACGAGUUAAGGUUCCUUGAUUGGAGUGGGUACCCUUCAAAAUCUUUGCCAUCAAGUUUCCAACCAAUGGAACUUGUUGAUCUUCGCAUGUGCUACAGUAACAUUGAACAACUUUGGAAAGGAAUAAAGUGUUUUGACAGUUUGAAGUUCAUCAAAUUGAAUCAUUCUCAAAAUUUGAUUGUAACUCCUGACAUCACUGGGGUCCCAAAUCUUGAGAAAUUGAUUGUUGAAGGCUGUACAACUUUACGUGAGGUUCAUUCAUCAAUUGGAGUUCAUAAAAGGCUUAUUCUUCUUAAUUUGAAAGGAUGCUUAAAACUUGAAAAGCUACCAGAAAACUUGGGGAAUGCCAAAGGUUUAAAGGAGCUUGAUGUGAGUGGAACUGCAAUAAAGAAAGCACCUUCUUCCAUUGUUCUCUUAGAAAAACUUGAAGUACUAUCUUUCUGUGGAUGUAAAGGGCCAUUGUCUAAAUCAUGGAAUAAAGCCCUAAGUUUUGAUUUAAAGUCAAGAAAAAGUCUAGAUCUUGGGGGCUUGCCAGUGCCUUCUUUGUCAAGUUUGUCUUCUUUGAAAACAUUGGAUCUAAGUGAUUGCAAAGUUCAAGCAAUUCCCAAUGAGCUUGGCUACCUAUCCUCUUUACAAGUACUAGAUAUAAGCAAAAAUGAUUUUGAGUUCAUUCCGGAAAGCAUCAUUCAACUAUCAAAUCUUAAAGAACUCUACCUGUUGAAUUGCACUAGUCUUCGUUCAUUGCUAAAGCUUCCCUCGAGUAUUCAUUAUUAUUUGGUAACCGGUUCUUCCUCAUUGGAAAGAUUACCGGAUCGACCAAUGCCAAAAGCUUCACUUGAGUUAUCUCUUAGUCUUCACGAUUGCUUUAAAUUGCUUGACAUUCAAGCCCACAAUGAAGAUUCAUUUAAAAUUCUGGGGAGGGCUAGUUGGGAAAUUUGUAUUCAUGAUUCAAAUGUAGGUAAGAUUGAUCUUGUUAUUCCUAGAAGUGAAAUUCCAAAAUGGUCUAGGCAUCAAACUAUAGGGAAUAAAAUGAAUAUACAAGUGAAUUCUGGUUUGAGUAAUAAGUGGAUGGGAAUGGCUUUAUGUUGUGUUUUAGUACUCAAUGUGUAUCAUGCACCAAACCAAAGUCUUGAUGGAGACACAGUUGAAUCACGUUACCGUUGGUUGAUAUAUUUGUUCCCGCAAUACUUUGAAGACUAUAGGAAUGGAUCAUGGAGUUCAAUUGAUGAGAAUGUGUUAAGCCAGAUUGAGAUUAGAUUUGAAACAGAUGGUACAAACUUGGAGGUGAAGAAAUGUGGAGUCCAUUUGGUAUAUGAGCAAGAUAUUGAAGAUCUUAAACCAAGUAUGGCUCAGUGCAUUAACAAUGUCACUCCUUAUGAUGAUUAUGAUUGGCUUGGACCUCGUCGAGAAUUCAUUUUUAAGUCAUGGGUCCUAGUUGGAUUCUACAAGUGCAAAAAAUUUUGA